AGCCAGAAAAUAAAUAAAUAAUUUAAUUAUACAUAAAAUGGAAAUUCUUGAACUAAAAGAUAUAAAAGCUGUACCUGAUAUUAUUCAUCCUUAUCCAGAUAGAGUAAAAUCCGAAACAAUACCACUUGUAAUUGAUAAUGGAUCAUACAAUUGUAGAGUUGGAUGGGCUACAGAAAAAGAACCACAAUUAAUAUUCAAAAAUCUUAUUGCAAAACCACGGAAAGAACGUGGCAAAAAGGAUGGUGAACCUCAAGUUGGAAAUGACAUAGCUAAUAUUGAAGCUGUUCGAUUUCAGUUAAAAACGCAAUUUGAUCGAAAUGUGGUUACACAUUUUGAAGCUCAGGAACAGAUAUUUGAUUACACUUUCACUCAUAUGGGAAUAGAUACAGAAAGCGCAGUGAAUCAUCCAAUUAUUUUAACAGAAGCAUUUCUUAAUCCAAAUUAUUCACGAAAUUUAAUGGCUGAACUUUUGUUUGAAUGUUAUAACGUACCUGCAAUAGCAUAUGGAGUAGAUUGCUUACUUUCUUAUCAACAUAAUAAUUGUCCAUCAGAUGGUUUAAUAAUUAGCAUAGGGUACCAUACUACACAUAUAAUACCUAUAUUAGAUGGUAAAGCAGAUCCUGUAAAUUCACGAAGAAUCAAUGUUGGUGGAUAUCACAUUACAUCUUACAUGCACAGAUUGCUUCAACUUAAAUAUCCAGUGCAUGUGAAUGCUAUAACACCUAGUCGAGCAGAGGAAUUAAUACAUGAACAUUCAACGAUAGCUUUAAAUUAUCAAGAAGAAAUUUCUAAAUGGGCAGAUCCAGAUUAUUAUGACACAAAUGUAUUAAGAGUACAAUUGCCAUAUGUUGCUCCUGCAAAUACUCCUGGUUUAACAGUUGAACAACAAAAAGAAAGAAAACGCGAGUUAGCUAGAAGAUUAAUGGAAAUCAAUGCAAGGAAAAGGGAAGAGAGAUUAGCAGAAGACGAAGAACAGUUAAAUCAAUUAUUAGCUGUUCAAGAUUUGUUAGAAGAAGGUGAAGCAGAUGAAUUUGAUCAAGCUUUGAAAAGCUAUUCUCUCACAAAUGAAGCAGAUCUGAUAAAAAUGAUCAAUAAUUUGCAAGCAAAAGUAGAACGAACAAGGCAAAAGAUAGUGGCAGCUAAUUCACAAGAAGAAAAUAUUGCAAUGGAAGAACAAAAACCAAAAAUAAAAUUGAGUUUGCAACCUAAAGAUCAACAAGAUUUUGACGAAUGGAUUGCUGGUGUACGAAAGAAACGGCAAGAAAUAUUAGAAAAACGAAUGGCCAAAAGACAACGUCGGCAAGACAUGGCAAAACGUAGAACAGUCGCUGCACAAGAAAGAAUGCGUAUAAUAAGUCAAUUAGCAAGAAAAGAAAAGCGCGAUGACGAUUUUGGUAUGAGGGAUGAAGAUUGGGAUGUGUAUAAAGUUAUAAAUAGAGAAGGUGGAGAUUCAGACUCGGAAGUAGAACAAGAAAAACUUAUGGAACUUGAAGAUGUGCUACGACAUCAUGAUCCAGAAUUCGAUGGUGCUGGAUCAAAUGUUCCUGCAGUUCCUGGGGAAACUCACCAAUUGCAUGUGGGGGUAGAACGCUUGAGAGCUCCGGAAAUACUGUUUCAACCAUCUUUGAUAGGUUCUAUGGAAGCAGGUAUUGCUGAAACAAUCGAAUUCGUUUUAAAGCUUUAUUCACCCGAACAACAGUCACGACUCGUAGGAAAUAUAUUUCUUACUGGAGGAUCAACAACAUUUCCUGGUUUACUAGAAAGAUUGAAUCGUGAACUUCGUGAAAUGAGACCGUUCGGCUCAAACUUCCAAAUAAAUAUUGCAAAAAAUACUAGUAUAGAUGCAUGGUAUGGUGCGAGAGACUUUGGCCUAAAUGGCAAUCUUCCUGAAUAUUUAGUAAGUAAAAAGGAAUACGAGGAUAAGGGUGGUGAAUAUCUUAAGGAACACUCAACCAGUAAUACUUACACUCGAUCUCCUGAUCCAUUACCUAUCGUACAAACCCCUACGACAUCUGAACAGGUUGUUGUAGAGGAUGCUGUUGUUGAUGUUGAAAUGGAAUGA